AUGGGUCUUUCCCGCCUUCUCCCCUUCGCCUCUCUGGCGUUUCUAGCCACCAGCGUUGCUGGCCAACCCGCCUGGACCAGCGAUCCUGCUCUCCCUCCCGCCGUUCCUCUUGCUGUUCGCUCACCCUACUUGUCGGCAUGGCUUCCCCAAGGCGCGGGUACGUCCCUGACUGGAACCUGGCCUACGUUCUGGACUGGCUCGUUCCUUGGUUGGACUGGCUAUGUCUCUGUAGAUGGCACCGCCUACAACUGGAUGGGUGCUCCGGCUGUUCCCAACCUCAGCCCCGCGAAUGCAACGCAGAAGAGCAUGAGCUACACCUCCACGCAAUCCACUUUCGUGUUGAGCGCUGGUCCCGUUGACCUGACGAUCAACUUCCUCAGUCCCGUUGAGCCCACCGAUCUCGUCAAACUCGGCACACCUUUCUCAUACAUGGCCAUUUCGGCUGCUGCAAACGACGGUGGCUCCCACAACGUAUCCAUCUACUCCGACAUCACCGCCGAGUGGGCCGUCGGUGACACCACCCAGCUUGUGAACUGGACUUCGACCACUACUGGCGAUGUCUGGACCCACCAAGUCGGCCCUUCGGCCCCGAUCCUGUACACCGAGUUCAACGACCACACCCAUCGGUUGGUGCUUGCCACCGGUUACACCGACAACUCAACUGGUGUUGAGAACCAGCCUGUCGAAGAAUCUGGUAACAUGCUCAUCAUGAUCCUGAGCUACACCCAGGCAACGAAUGAUACCUCGCUGAUCAAGCCUUACAUAUCCGCGCUUGAGACUUGGACCGACUACCUCGUUGGCAACGCCCUCACCCCCGGUGGCCAGCUAUCGACUGAUGACUUCGAACCUUUCCCGGACACCGCCGGAAACUUCAGCACCUUCAUUGUCCAAACCGCUACCGACGCCGGCGGCCAGCACCUCAACUUCAACUACGGCAACUCCUCGUCGUGGCUCUCCGCCUACAACCUGUGGGCCGACAAGCUCAUCAAGACGAACGUCUUCCCCCAGGACGUCAUCGACAAGGAGACGGCGUGGUACAAGACGCAGGUCGGGCAAUACGGCCUCGCGCUCGACUCACGCGAGCCGUGGUCGAAGACCGACUGGGAGCUGUGGACCGCCGCGUUCGUCUCGGACACCGACGUGCGCAACUCGAUCAUCGACGGGCAGUUCGCGUACAUCACGAGCGGCGCGGCCGGGAACAUCUUCCCGUUCAGUGAUCUGUAUGAUACCGGCGCUGGCACCGCGCACGACCUCAACCUGGUCUCGCCCGCCGGCUCGGGCAUCACCUAUCAGUUCCAGGCUCGUCCUGUUGUGGGUGGCCAUCUUGCUCUGCUUGUGGCUUAA